UCUGUCAAAAAAGUAAAUAAAAUCUUAAAAAAAAAAAGGAGAAGAAGGAGAAGAAGAAGAGAGAAGAAGAAAGAAGAAGAGACUAUUUACAGAGGUGUGGCAGUUUAAGGGUGAGGCCCCUAGAGCUGGGGCUAGUCUUGUUCUGAUAGGGACGGAGGGAGGCGAGCCAUCACCAGAGCUUGGCCAAAGCCUGUUGUUGGGGAAGGAGAGCAGCAGUUCAGGAGCUGUCAUGGUUGAAGGCUUCCGCAAGGCAGAGGAGGCAGAAGGAACAAAUGCCCCAGCUUCUCUUCCCACUGUGCAUCCUAUUGGCUAAACCCGAGCGGGAGGCAGGGUAAAGGAGUUCAGGAGAUGCAGUCCAUAGGGGUCAGCUUCCUCAGGCACAGAGAAAGAAUUGAUCUGGGGUGAGGAUGGGGGCCGAAAUAACCAGCAAAGGGGUUCCCCUCUUUGGGGGCAGAGGAUAGGAAUACCAUCUAGAAAGAAUACUUAGGGGGCUUUUAACUCUGUGCACUAUUAUUAUUUCUUAAACUGAGGAUGAGAAUAUGGGUGCUGAUGUUUUUUUUCUAUCAGUUAUAUGAUUUUUUGUCUUUUUUUUGUAUGCCUGAAAUAUUUCAUGAUAAAAUGAGCAGGAGACCAAAAAGUAACCCAAGAUUACCAAAAGGCUUUUAAAGAAAAACAGCUCUGGGAUGCCUAGCUGUCUCAGUUGGAGGAGCAUGCGACUCCUGAUCUCGGGGUCGUGAGUUCGAGCCCCAUGUUGGGUGUUGACAUGACUUAAACAAAUAAACUGAAAGAAAAGAAAAAGAAAGGCAGCUCUGUGGGUUCACUGUCAGUCAUUUACAUGAUUAGGACCAUGCAGAUAUUAUUUGCUACAGAAUCGAGUAGUGUACUAUGCUUGUAUUUUCUCUUUUGGAGAUUUUAAUUAAAUUUAUAUAGUUAGCAUUUGAUUCUUUACUGGCAAUCCUUGCUUAUAAUUAGCCUCUUUUUUUUUUUUUUUUAACCGCUUGAAGCUCCGUCCUUAGAUAGUCUAUCAAGUGUGUUUCUUUUCUUUGGCCUUGAACUAGACAGGUUAGGGGAUGGGGGGGGUUUGCUUUGUGCUCCCGAAUGGAGUGCUUUCUUCUGCAGCUGCGUGUCUGCUUUCGCGCCCCGAGCACUCUGGGUUAUUUUUAGAGGUAGCAACUUGAUGUGGGAGUCAAUCACAUUUAAUACGCUGGUACUCCCUGCACCGUGUGCAGAGGGCCGACUCCCAGUGUUUGGUGUUUCCCAUGUUCCAGUCCACUGCUGCCAAGUUUAGAAAUAAAAAUAGUGGUUUGGCAGUUUGUCAUUUUCUUUAAAAGCGAAACAUACAUUUACCAUAUGGCCAGCAAUUCCAUUCCUAGGUAUCUACCCAAGAGAAAUGAAAAUAGGUCUACACAAAGAUUUGUAGGUGUUCAUGGAAGUGUUAUUUAUCAUAGCAAAAAGUGGAAAUAACUGGAAUGUCCGACAACAGGUGAAUGGAUAAAUGACGUGUGAUGCAUCUAUACCAAAUUUUUAUUGUUAAGUAGCAGUAAAAACAUAGUAAUACGUGCUUCCCCCCUGCUAUCCAAAAGCACAGCCUUCCGGUGAAACCUUUCAUAAGCCAGAAUGACGUAAAGCGCAGAGUAUCCCCUACUUUCUGAAAGUUCGAGUUACACUACUGCUUUUUCGAAAGACCUCCUCCAUUAGUACCUGUUUUUGCUAACCAACAGAGAUCUGAAGAGGAUUUUCACUUUUAUGAGAAAAGCCAUUAUUUUACUAAGGGCGGUCUUUCAUAAAAGCAAAAUGGCAUAACACGAACUUUCAGAAAGCAGGGGUACUUGUGUAUGCUACGACAUGAAUAAACCUCGAAAACAUGAUGCUAAGCGAGCGAAGCCAGGACCCAAACCGCAUAUUGUAUGACUCCAUUUAUAUGAACUCUCCAGAAAAGACAAAUCCAUAGGGACAGAAGAUAGGUUAGUGUUUGCCAGGGGCUUGGAGGGAGGGGAGUGGGGGAGUGGUGAAUGCUGUCAUAGACUUGAGGGAUCUUACUGGGUGGUGGAAUGUCCGAAAACUGGCUGUGGCAAUAGUUGCAUAACUUGGUAAAUGUAUAAGCAUCACUGAACUGUACACAUACGAUGAAUGAAUUUUGUGGUAUGUGAAUUAUACCUCAAAAUUGUUUAAAAAAAAUGAUGGCUUAGGUUUUUGGUUUGUAGAAAAACACACAACUUGAUUGUUCAGAGAUCUACAUUUUUAGGUGCCUGUUUAGUUACUGUCUUGAUGGAGGAUUCAUUCGACGAGGCUCCAGGUCCUUGUUUUUGGUGUCUUCAGGAUGAUAGUGCCCAGGGCAAGAGGCUACAGGUUCAAGGCUGACUGGAUGAAAGCCAGGACUGGAUUGCUGCAGUGGCUCAUCCUGCUCCUGGAAGAACCGUUUCAAAGCACAGGUCUCAUUGAGGGUCUUCUGGAGACACCCUCGUGUGCAGAGGAUAGCAGGGAUUCCAAGGGAGGACAAGAAUUGUAUUCCCUACCCCACCUCCCAGAACCACCCAUGGACAGUGCCUCAAGAGACAGCUGUUGUAAAAUGGUGCAACUGCUCCGGAAAAUGGAAACCCACAGGAUCUACAAGCAGAAGCUGGAGGAGCUGACCUCACUCCAGACUUCGUGUAGCAGCUCCAUCAGCAAGCAGAAGACGCGUCUGAAGGACCUAAAGCACGCACUCCAGAGGUACAAGAAGCAUGCCAGUCGGGAGGAGGCAGAGCUCAUUCAGCAGAUGAGUGCCAACAUCAAGGAGCGGCAGAAUAUCUUCUUCGACAUGGAGGCCUACCUGCCCAAGAAGAAUGGGCUCUACUUAAAUCUCGUCCUUGGCAAUGUGAAUGUGACCCUUCUCAGCAACCAGGCCAAAUUUGCUUACAAGGAUGAGUAUGAGAAGUUCAAGCUCUACCUGACCAUCAUCCUGCUCCUGGGUGCUGUGGCGUGUCGGUUUGUCCUUCACUACAGGGUGACGGAUGAAGUUUUUAACUUCCUGCUGGUGUGGUAUUACUGCACCCUGACAAUUCGGGAGAGUAUUCUCAUCAGCAAUGGCUCAAGAAUUAAAGGUUGGUGGGUGUCUCACCACUAUGUGUCCACGUUCCUCUCUGGAGUGAUGCUGACCUGGCCCAAUGGACUAAUUUAUCAGAAGUUUCGUAAUCAGUUUUUAGCGUUCUCCAUUUUUCAGAGCUGUGUCCAGUUCCUGCAAUAUUAUUACCAGAGGGGCUGCCUCUACCGGCUGCGUGCCCUGGGGGAGAGGAAUCAUCUGGACCUCACGGUGGAAGGAUUCCAGUCCUGGAUGUGGCGCGGCCUCACCUUCCUCCUGCCUUUCCUGUUCUGUGGCCAUUUCUGGCAGCUCUACAACGCCGUCACAUUGUUUGAGCUCUCCAGCCACGAGGAAUGCAGAGAAUGGCAGGUGUUCGUGUUGGCGCUCACGUUCCUCGUCCUCUUCCUGGGCAAUUUCCUGACCACACUCAAAGUCGUGCACGCGAAACUUCAGAAGAACAGAAACAAGGGGAAGAAGCUGUGAGCCAAGGGACCUGUGCGCCCCCAGCCCCCAGUGUUCAAGACUGAAGGGGGUUCCAGCCGGCACCCUUGCUGCCGAUUUCUCCCCACAGUGCCUGUGGCCACUGGCAGCACCCAGCUUAGGGGCCAGUGCACAUCUGGGAGAAGGGCCAAGGCCCUGGUUCCUGGCGGGCAAGAGGAAUGUGACCCCUGCCUGUCCGCCUGCCCCAGCCUCCCUAUUUAUGACAUAUUUAAUACAGGGUCCUCCGGACUGCCCUAGAAUCCGCAGUCUUCCCUCGCUGCCCUCUUGGCUAUGGCUGAGCCUGGGUCAGUCUUCCCGGCGGGGGGAGGGGGUCUAAAACCUCAGGGAGCCCCUCAGGUUGGGGUCUGGAUGUGGCUCACUGGGGUGCCGGCCAGCUACUUAUCCCCAGCGGGUGGAAGGAAACCCCUUGGCGUCCUGUGGAACCUCCCUCUCCGGGGCACACCGCUUCUGCUGUAAGCUCUCCCAGCCUCCGCUGCUCCGUGCUGGGGGUAUUUAAGUUCUCAGAGAACCAC